GGUUUCCCCGUCUCAUAAUGCAAGACACCUGCUUCAGCAGUCUGGGCGUCAGGUUUCCUUAGCAACAGGUCCUUGCUUGAAGGGCCGGGUAGCCAUUUGUCCGGUGUGCGCGCGCUAUUUCCCCAAGGGAAAACAGUAGACCAAAACUUGUACAGUGAGGUCCAAUUCCGAUUUUUGCUCAAGCGUAAGGGGAGCGUGUUGAUAUUUUGCUGCGGAGCUCCUUACGCUAGCCAUGGGAGACGGAUAGCACAGUUCACCAGAGUGCAGACUACCCUGUCCAACCUGUCCCUUGAACUCGGUUUCCUGCUGGUCCCUGAAGACCUCGAUGAGGAUGAAGACGGUGGCUGAGGUCGUGGCGGAAAGAAGCAGGAAGCGCGUGCCCGUCCAUGCCCUCUCGCUCUUCCUCCUCCUCCUCCGUGUGACAAACGGGGGCGCCCGCGGGCAGCUGGUCUGCGGCCUCCCCGCCGGCGCAGAGUGGCGGCCCCGCCCCCAGACCGUGCGCGUGACGUGGAGCCUGGCGCGGGGCGUGUGCGGGAGCGAGGCCGAGUGCUGGGGGGGCCCCGGGGCGGCGGGGGGCGAGGGGCCGCGCCCGUUCCCUCAGCUCUGCCCCCUGCAGGUGCAGCUCGGCGACCGGCUUCUCUUCUCCCCCCUGGACCCGGCGCUGGCGACCUACGGCGUCCGCCCGCUCGCUGUCUCCGAGGAGGACUUCCGAACCUGCGCCCCCCGCGGCGGGAGCGCCGACGGGACGGCGGAAGCGGAGACGGAGCCACUGCCCGCCGGCAACCGCUAUUUCUCCUCCGUCCACCAGGGCGGUGCCAAUCUCUGCGGGGCGGGCCUGCGGCUGAACGUCACCGUGAAGGGGCACCGGUGCCGCGGGGCCCCCUCCGAACCGCUCUGCUCGGGCCGGGGGGCCUGCCGGAGCCUGCCGCGGGACCCCGAGUACCGGUGCCGGUGCCCCGCCCCGUUCUCCGGAGAGUUCUGCGAGCGGUCGGACCCGUGCGUCCCGACCCCCUGCGCGUACGGAGCGGCCUGUGUGAGCGCGGGGCUCGGGUACGAGUGCCUGUGCCCCUCCCACCUCACAGGUGUAAACUGUUCUGAAGUGAUUGGGAAUUGUGACAAAGGAUGUCUCAGUGGAAGAUGCCAUCAGGUGACUCCAAACUCCUUCCGCUGCAUCUGCGAUCCAGGACACACGGGUCCCCUGUGCGAGGAGCGGGCGGGCCGCUGCGCCUCGGCGCCGUGCCGAAACGGAGCCGCGUGCAGAGACGGCGCGGGCGGCUACGCGUGCGAGUGCCCGGAGCGCUUCACGGGCCGCCACUGCGACGUCCAGCUCCAGAGCCGCUGCGCGUCGCCCGGGUGCCAGAGCGAACCGGACUGCCUCACCGAGCCAAAUGACCGCGCGUGUGUCUGCGCAGACGGCGUCGCGGACGCACGGUGCAGGGACCGCCGCGGGGCCUGCCAAUCAGAGCCCUGCCUCAACAACGGCAUCUGCCUGCCACAGGGGGAGGAGUACCGCUGCAGGUGCCCCAGAGGCCUCGCCGGAGAGAACUGCGAGAAAAUGGCCGACCGCUGCGGGCAGCUGAACGUCACCUGCCUGAACGGCGGACUGUGCCUGAACACCGUCGAUGGACACAGCUGUCUGUGUGCCCCCGGAUGGACGGGCGACGCCUGUCAGCGCGUGGAGGACGCCUGCUUGAUCCACCCCGGCCGCUGCCUCCACGGUGCCGCGUGCGUGGACACCAGCCUGCCGUGGACGGCCCCCCAGUACCGCUGCUCCUGCCCCCAGGGCUACACAGGGGCCCACUGCGAGACGGAGCUGAACGAGUGCGACUCCGCCCCCUGCCUGCACGGCGGGACCUGCACGGACCUGGCGGGCGGCUACAGAUGCGCCUGUCCCGCGGGGUUUUUGGGCGAGAACUGUGAGGUGGAUGUUGACGCCUGUGUCCUGCCAAACACCACCUGCCCCCCAGGAGCCCUGUGCGUGGACCUGCCCGAGGGGCUUCAGUACACCUGCCGCGUGCCCUGCCCACCCCACACACAGCCGUGCGCCAACGGGGGGCGCUGUUUCCUGGACGACGCCGGCGGACGCGGCUGCGCGUGCGCCCCCGGGUGGACCGGACACGCCUGUCUGGAGGACGUCAACGACUGCGAGAAGCACUGGUGUCAGAACGGGGCCACCUGCGUGGACGAGGUCGACGGCUACAGGUGCCUGUGUCUCCAUGGCUUCACCGGGCCCUACUGUGAGCAGGACAUAGAUUUCUGCGUCGGAAACCUGUGCUCCGAGCACGGCACGUGCCUUGACCAGCGGAACAACUACACGUGCCGCUGCAUGCUGGGAUACGAGGGGAGGCACUGCGAGCGGGAGACGGACGAGUGCCGGAGCUCGCCGUGCGGGGGCGGGGCCUCCUGCGUGGACGCGGUCGGGGGCUUCCUCUGCCUCUGCCCCCCCGGGUUCGAAGGUGGGACAUGCGAGGAGACUGCGAAUCACUGCCGGUCUACACCCUGUCCGAACCAAGGGGCCUGCGUGAAUCUGAUCAAUAACUACACUUGUGUUUGCCCUCCCGGUCUGACUGGGCGGUUUUGUGAAGCGGACACGGGCGCCUGCGAGGACAGCCCCUGCGGGCCCUUCGGCGUCUGCAGAGACGCCCCGGGCGGCCACCGCUGCUUCUGCGCGCCCGGCUUCAUCGGCGCUGAAUGCCAGAUUGAGGUAGACGAGUGUCUGAGCGGACCCUGCCGUAACGGCGGCUCCUGCGUCGAUGAGCUGGACGGCUUCAGCUGCCUCUGCCCAGCUGGGCUCACAGGCUACUCAUGCGAAAUCAACAUAGACGAGUGUCACUCAUCGCCCUGUCGCCAUGGCGCCGCGUGCCGCGACCUCGUCGGCGGCUACGAGUGCCUGUGCCUCCCCGGCUUCGAGGGCGCAGAGUGUCAGGUGGACGUUGACGAGUGCCUCUCCUCUCCGUGCCAGAGCGGGACGGCCUGCAUUGACCAGCCCGGUAAUUACGCCUGCCAGUGCGCGGCUCCAUUCACAGGUGUGAACUGCGAGCCCCCGCCGUGCGAGGCCGGUGACCGCUGUGAGAACGGGGGGGAGUGCGUGGAGGAGCGCGACCGCGCCCUCUUCCCCCUGGGGUCCCGCUGCCGCUGCCCCCCCGGGUUUGCGGGACCCCGCUGCGAGCUCGACGUGAACGAGUGCGGCUCCGCCCCCUGCCUCCACGGACUCUGCUACGACGUCGUAGGUGGAUUUUACUGUCUCUGCGAUCCCGGCUACGCUGGAGUGAGAUGCGAGAGAGGUGUCGACGACUGCGUCGGCAACGCGUGCCAGAACAACGCCACCUGCAGGGAUCUGCAUCUGGGGUACCAGUGCCUCUGCCAGCCCGGCUGGGAGGGCGAACUCUGCGACCAGGAGACAGACGAGUGUGCCUCGGGACCCUGCCGAAAUGGCGGCGUCUGCUCCGACCUGCUGAACGGCUACAGGUGCGCGUGCUCCGCGGGCUGGGAGGGGCCGGACUGCUCGGAGGACGCGAACGAGUGCGACUCGAACCCGUGCCUGAACGGGGGCCGGUGCGCGGAGUCCGCCUCCCCGGGCCGGUUCUCCUGCUCCUGCCCCCCGCUCUUCACGGGACGCCUGUGCCACCUGGCCCGCGACCCCUGUGCCGCCCCCCAUGACCCCUGCCUGCACGGCUCCACCUGCGGCGCGCGCGCGGACGGGUCCGUCUCCUGCGCCUGCCUGCCAGGGUUCCGGGGGGCCCGCUGCGAGAUCGACGUGGACGAGUGCGGCUCCGCCCCCUGCCGAAACCGCGGCUCCUGCCGGGACGGGGUCAACGGCUACCGCUGCGAGUGCGAGGCGGGAUUCGCCGGCCCCAACUGCGAGGACGACGUGGACGAGUGCGCCUCCAGCCCCUGCCGAAACCGCGGGAUCUGCCAGGACCUCGCCAACAGGUUUCGAUGCAUUUGCCCCCUGGGGCACUUGGGUGCUCUGUGCGACCUGGACGUGGACGAGUGCGAGGCCGCUUCCUGUCUGCACGGUGGGACGUGCGUCAGCACGCGAGGAGGGGUCAGGUGCACCUGCCCACCGGGGUACACAGGAGACCGGUGUGAGUCGGACGUUGACGAGUGCGCUUCGGACCCGUGCCGAAACGGCGGUGAGUGCGCGGACGGGCCGGAUCGUUACCGCUGCGCGUGCCCCCCCGGCCUCUCGGGGCUCCACUGCGAGACUGACGCCCGCGAGUGCGCCUCCAGCCCCUGUCUGCACGGCAGCUGCUUGGACGGGGCGGACGGAUACACUUGCGUGUGCGAGCCGGGCUGGAGUGGCUACAGAUGUGAGACCAAUAUUAAUGAGUGUGAAUCUAGCCCCUGCAUGAACGGAGCUACCUGUGUGGACCGGGUGGACAGGUUCGCCUGCUUCUGCCCCGAAGGGUUUUUGGGGAAGCGCUGUCAGGUGGACGUGGACGUGUGCCUGCAGGCCCCCCGGGGUCUGCCCCUCUGCUUCAAUGGGGGUACCUGCCAGGACGGGCCCGGAGCCAACUUCACUUGCAGGUGUCCCACAGGCUUCUCGGGCGAGCGCUGUGAGCUGGAGGUGAACGAGUGUCGCUCGGAGCCCUGCCUGCACGGCGCCGUCUGCCAGGACCUCGUCAACGGAUACCGCUGUCUCUGCCAGCCAGGUUGGACAGGCCUUCAGUGUGAAGAUGACAUUAAUGAGUGCCUGCCAGAGCCCUGCAGUCAUGGCCUGUGCUUCCAGAACGUUCCCGGCCGCGGAUACACCUGCUUCUGUCGCCCCGGAUUUGUGGGGAAGAACUGUGAACAGAACUACGACGACUGUCUACUGCGGCCCUGCCCAGAGGCACACACCUGCAUCGACGGCAUCAACAACGUCAGCUGUGUUCCCACAGUAACAAGCGUCCGCGCCGCACCUGGAACCACACCGCCCCCCCGGGGCCCCCUCUCCCCCGCCUCGGCGCCAGCGUCCGCGGCCUGGCCAACCGGGAGCCCGGAGGAAGCGGCUCCGCCCACAGAUUUCGGCUAUGCGUGGUACUCUGGCGACUCCUACAUGGAGUUUGAAGGCAUCGAUCCGGGCGCCGUGGGCAACGUCUCGGUGAGGUUUCGGAGCCGAGCGCCGGAAGGGACCGUCCUCUACGCCGACCCGGGCCCCGGCGGCGGCGACGGAUUCUUCGCCAGGCUCUUCGUCGCGAGGGGAGUGCUGCAGUAUGAAUUUGCCUGUAACCAAGGAGGCAGAACGCAGAGGAUCAAUACCACAAUCCAGGUGGACAGUGGAGAUGAGCACAUGGUCCACAUCAGGCAAAGCUUGUCCCCGUGUGGAGCGGAGGUGACGGUCUCAGGCUAUGGAAGGGCACAGAGCACAUUCAGCCAUCAUUGGUCAGGGCUGACCGUGCAGAGAACUGGCCGCGUCUUCAUCGGAGGCCUACCUCUCAACUACCCAACACCCCGGGGAGAUCAGCAGUUCUACAACUUUACCGGCUGCAUUGAAAUCAUGGAAAUGAAUAAGAUGGGAAGAUUCUACAUGUCUAAAGCCAUCGGUGGGAGCAACGUGGAGAAAUGCAGGCGCCCCGGACUCAGCGAGACCCCGACAGCUCCCGCGGCGAGCCAUUUGGAGCGAGUGGACGGGACGGCCACGCCCCCGGACCCCCCGGCCCCCCGGCGGAGGCCUGUCGGGACGAGCCGUGCCGGAACGGAGGGACCUGUCGGGCGCGGCGCUCGCCCAGCGGGGCGGCGUCUUUCGGCUGCGACUGCCCCCUGCACUUCACCGGGCCGCUCUGUGACCAGGACACUGCUGUGUUCUUCCCCUCUUUCGACGGACGGACUGAAUGCCUCACCUCCUGUGGACCGAGUGGAGCCACCGCCCAGAGGCGGUUUAUUCCUUUAUUGCCUGAAAUCAGCCCUGGGCUCCAUCCUCAGGACUCGAGAGGAAGACGUGGGCGAUCGUUUCCUGCACUUGUUCCUGGAGGACGGCAGACCCGUUGUCAAGCUCGGUUGCGGCGGCGCUAACGUUCUGACGGUGAAGGCGGGUCAAAGCGUCGGAUGGGAGAGGCUGACCCCAGUCAUGAUCCGAUACCGUUUGCCUGAGAGUGAGGAAGGAGGGCAUUGUGGGAUUGAAAUGGUGGUGGAUGAUGGGCCUGCUAACAGACGAUACAAAAAGCUGAUUCGCCCGAUGACACAGGUGCGUUUCGGUCCCCUGUUCCUGGGGGGCGUCCCGUCCCACGCGGAGCUUCCCGAGGGCGCGGGUCCGGAGGCCGGGCUCCAGGGCUGCGUGCGCGAGCUGCAGGUGAACAGCAGGGAGCUCUUCAUCGUGGACGAAGCCGUGGGAGGGAAGAACAUCGGAAACUGCAACGCCCCCGUCUGCCAGCGAAACCCCUGCCAAAAUGGAGGCACCUGCAUCAGCGAUGCGGAGAGCUGGUUCUGCCGAUGCCCCGGUCCCUUCUCUGGCAGGCUGUGCCAGUUCAGGACCUGCCAGGGCAGUCCCUGCGCUCACGGGGGCACGUGUGUGCCCAGGCCCGGGCAGGAAGCCGUGUGCCUGUGCCCAUACGGACGGGCGGGCAUCCUGUGUGAGGAGGCCGUCGAUAUUACACGGCCCAGCUUCAACGGGACAGACGAGUUCGGCUUCACCUCGUUCAUGGCCUACCCCUCCCUCCCUGGCGUCAGCCUCUUCUACGAGUUCCAGGUGAAGCUCACCUUCUCCAGCGAGGACUCCGCCCUGAGGGACAACCUCAUCCUCUACUCCGGACAGAAAGGACAAGGAAUCAAUGGCGACGACUUCCUGGUGUUGGGGGUGCGGAGCGGCAGGAUCGUUCACAGGUUCAACCUGGGCUCCGGAGUCAGAACCAUCGUCAGCGACCGCAUCGUCCGCGGGACCGGAGUCCACACGGUGCGCUUCGGUCGGUCCCUCAGAACCGGGUGGUUAAAGGUUGAUGACCAAAAGAAUAAGACAGGGUCUUCUCCAGGACAGCUGGUGGGCCUCAAUGUUUUCAGUCAGCUCUAUGUGGGGGGGUACAGGGAGUACACCCCCGAACUGCUUCCCUGGGGCGCCAGAUUUCAAAAUGGAUUUCAAGGGUGCAUAUUUGACCUGCGCUUUCGGGCCAGGGGCGGGGGCCGGUUCCGGGCCCCAGGGAGGCCGGAGGAGCACCCGAACUCGGGGCGCAGCGUAGGACAGUGCGGGGUCACCCCCUGUACGCUCGUCCAGUGCCAGAACGGAGGAACCUGCGUGGACUCGGGUUCCACAGUUUACUGCAGGUGUGCGUUAGGAUGGAAGGGGGCGCUCUGCUCGGAGACGGUCUCCGUGUGCGAUGCUGAACACAGCCCCCCUCCCCUCUGUGCCCGCGGCUCCACCUGCGUCCCUCUGCCCCGGGGCUACACCUGCCAGUGUCCCCUGGGCACCGCCGGAGAGUACUGCCAGGAAGCUCUGGCCAUCAGCGACCCUUCCUUCAGCGCUAACCGCUCGUCCUGGAUGUCCUUCAGCGGCAUCGAGGGACUCCGGCACAGAACAGACCUGCGGCUGCAGUUCCGGACUCUGUCACCAGAGGGCAUCCUGUUCUACGCGGCACAGCGCCUCAGCGCUCGAGCAGGGGACUUCUUCUGCGUGUGCCUGGCGUCGGGCUUCGCCGAGCUGCGCUACGACCUCGGGGACGCCGCGGUGACUGUGCGCUCGGCCUCCCGCGUGGACGCCAGCGGCGGGACGUGGCACACGCUGCGGGCGGGGCGGGACGGGAGGCGGGGCUACCUGUCUCUGGACGGGGCGGAGGCGCGCGGGGGGGCGUCCCCGGGGGGGAUGGCGGCGCUGGACGUGGGCCCGGACGUCUUCGUGGGGGGCGUCCCGUCCCUGGACGCGGUGGCCGGCGGGGCGGUGGGGGGGGGCGAGCGGGCGGGGUUCACCGGCUGUGUCCGCGAGGCGGUCCUGAACGGGCGGCGGCUGGAGCUGAGCGAGGGCGGGGCGUCGGGCGGGGCCGGCGUGGGCGACUGCGACGGGACGGCCUGCGGGCACGGGGCCUGUGGGCACGGGGGCACCUGCGUGCCCUUGGGCCCUCCCCGUGGCGGCUUCACCUGCUCCUGCCCCCCGCCCUGGACCGGCCCCGGGUGCGAGCUGCACGCGGCGUGCGCCGGAGAGCCCUGCCAGAACGGCGGCCUGUGCCACCCCGACGCCGCCGGCGCCUCCUACGUCUGCGCCUGCCCGCUGGGGUGGCAGGGCGGGCGCUGCGACAGGCGGGUCACCCUGGCGACAGCGCGCUUCGCCGGACGCUCCUACCUGAGGUACAGCGACCCCGCGCACGGGGGGCGGGACCUGACCCGCGUCAGGGUCACCUUCAGCUUCAGCGCCGGGGAACCAGACGGACUGAUGCUGUGGGCGGGGCCGGCCCGGGCGCGCGGCGGCGACCACCUCGCGGUGGGCCUGCGGGGGGGCCGCCUCACAGUCGCCGUCGGCCUCGGGGAGGGGGGGGCGGCGCCGCCCGUCACCCACAGAGCGACCGCCGUCUGCUGCCACCGCUGGCACGUCGUCACGCUCGACCAGAACAGGACCGUGAUCCAGGUCUCCCUGGACGGGGAGCGGGUGGUCUUCCGGGACCUGGACCCGUUCGAGCGCUACGUGCAAGUCGACCACGGCGGAGUCUUCUACUUCGGCGGGUUCGAGCCGGACAGGGACGUGGAGGCCGCGACCGACGGUCUCUUCGACCGGGGGUUCGUGGGCGAAAUAAAAGACGUGUUUCUGUACCGGGACACCAGCGAGGUGGACUUUCUGCAGAACUCUGAGGGUUUCAAUGUUUACACGGGAGACGAGUAA